GCGAGAUCUAGAUCAAUAAAUAGCCUUUUUUCUGUCGCUUUGACUUCUCUACUCACUUGGUGAAAAAAUACACUCUCUUAGUUCUUGCCUUCUUGGCGCCCGCCACUCCCUCGUUUACUCAAGAGCAAGAGAGAGAAAACUUAAGAGAGAGAGAGUGAGUGUUUUUUGGGGCAAAAUCUCGCAAAAUCAACCUCUUUUAGAUUCCCCCCAAAAAUUUCACUAAACCCUCAAUUUUCGCUCUCAAUUUAAUCCCCAGAAAUUCUGAAAUCCCUAAUUUUACUUCAAAAUUCCCAUCUUUCUCUCUCUUUCAAUGGCUUCUCAGCAACAGUUGAACGCCAUUAAGGGUGCGAAAGUUCUUAUGGUUGGUGCUGGUGGUAUUGGCUGUGAACUGCUCAAAACCCUCGCUCUUUCUGGCUUCCAAGACAUACAUAUUAUUGACAUGGACACAAUAGAAGUUAGCAAUUUGAACAGGCAGUUUUUGUUUCGACAGUCCCAUGUGGGACAAUCGAAGGCAAAGGUUGCUCGAGAUGCUGUAUUGAAGUUCAGGCCUCAUAUAAGUAUUACUGCCCACCAUGCUAAUAUUAAGAGCUCUGAAUUUAAUGUGGACUUUUUUAAGCAGUUUGAUGUCAUUUUGAAUGGUCUUGAUAAUCUGGAUGCUAGGCGACAUGUAAACCGCAUCCGCUUGGCAGCUGGUGUCCCACUGGUAGAGAGUGGGACUACUGGGUUCUUGGGACAGGUAGCUGUGCAUGUGAAGGACAGAACUGAAUGCUAUGAAUGCUAUCCUAAGCCCGCUCCGAAAUCAUAUCCUGUUUGUACUAUUACUAAUACACCGUCAAAGUUUGUUCACUGUAUUGUUUGGGCCAAGGAUUUGCUCUUCGCCAAGUUGUUUGGUGAUAAGAAUCAGGAUAAUGAUCUCAAUGUACGUUCAAGUGACGGUGCAAGCUCCUCCGAACACACCGAUGACAUAUUUGAGCGUAGGAAUGAUGAAGAUACUGAUUGUUAUGGAAGGAGAAUAUACGAUCAUGUUUUUGGCUACAACAUUGAAUUAGCUUUGUCUAAUGACGAGACUUGGAAAAAUCGCACCAGGCCUAAGCCAAUAUAUUCUAGAGAUGUUCUAUCUGAUAACCAGCAAAAUGGAAACUUGGAUCAAAGUUGUUCCAGUGGUGAUCUAGCUUCAGUCUCAGCAAUGGCAACACUUGGGCUGAAGAAUCCGCAAGACGUGUGGAACCUGGCAGAGAACUCUAAUGUUUUUUUGGAAGCUUUAAAACUAUUUUUCUCGAAAAGAGAGAAGGAAAUUGGAAGCCUGGCUUUUGAUAAAGAUGAUCAGUUAGCUGUUGAGUUUGUCACUGCUGCUGCAAAUAUACGGGCUACCUCUUUUGGUAUUCCUAUGCAUAGCCUCUUUGAAGCAAAAGGCAUUGCUGGCAAUAUUGUACAUGCAGUGGCUACAACAAAUGCUGUAGUUGCUGGGUUGAUUGUUAUUGAGGCCAUUAAGCUGCUUAAUAAGGACUUGGAAAAUGUGAGGAUGACUUUCUGUAAUGAGCAUCCAAAAAGAAAGAUGCUUCUUAUGCCUGUUGAGCCAUUUGAGCCUAACAAAUCAUGCUUCGUCUGUUCUACGACCCCAUUGACACUUGAGGUUAAUGCUUCACGCACAAAGUUUCGGGAUUUUAUUGAGAAAAUUGUCCGAGCAAAGUUGGGCAUGAACCUGCCUAUAGUAAUGCAAGGUACUUCCUUGUUAUAUGAGAUUGGUGACGAUCUUGAUGAAGACGAGAUACGGAAUUAUGAAGCAAAUCUUGAGAAGGUGCUUUCCAAGCUUCCAUCUCCAGUCAUUGGUGGUACACUCGUCACAGUUGAGGAUUUUCACCAGCAAUUGUCCUGUGAAAUCAACAUAAAGCAAAGGGAGGAUUUUGAUGAGGAAAAAGAGCCUGAUGGUAUGGUUCUCAUUGGCUGGUUGCAAGUCCCAACUGAUACAGAAAAUAAAACUUCUGCUCAGAAUGGUGAGAGCACAUCAGGUACAGGUACUGAUCAAGCGGUGCCUUUAGAGAUUGCAGAAAUUGGGGAAACUGAAGUCAAUGCAGUAUCCAAGAAAAGAAACUUUUCUGAGCUUUCAAAUUCCUCUGUUUCUCAUCCUUCAUGUGGCAAUGAUACAAAGUGCAAGAAUAAAGACGUAAUUUUGGAAGAUGAUGGUGAUGAUCUUAUCAUACUUGACCAUUUGAAUUCUGAAAUGGCCAAGAAGAAAAGACUGGUAUAAAUUGCUUUGGACAUUUUGUCCAAAACUAUUUUAUCCUAAUUUACUGCAUUAGAGAUCUAUUAGAUUCGCCUAGCAUUUGACCAUGAGUUAGGUCUAGCCUUGCAAGCUUUUGACUCUUAACCGUCUACUUUUGUCUCAUUGUCUUUGAAGGUUAGUAGUGUAGAAUGGAUUUAGCGGUUUGUCUCACUGUAAAUUAUUGACUGAUGCACAUUGCUAUUGUCUGGAACCUAUUGGAAUCUUGUAUGAGCUGACGCUUGAAUUUUUGCUAUUAUGUUGAUUAUCAAGCUAUUUUGGAUAUCAAUAUACUCUUCUCAGGAUUUCCUUUC